UUUUUUCUUUUUCUUUAGCCCCAGGACACUUCCUCAUUUCUCCCUCAGCUUGUUUCCCAUGCUCUCCUUCCUUCGACACACAGUCUCAACGAUGUUUGUCUUCUCGUGGUUUUCGUCUACGACCUGGACUCUGCUGGUUCUCUGUUUCACCCUCUUGUUGCUCUAUGGCAUUUGGCCUUAUAGGUUCUUCAAAAAGCUGGGAAUACCCGGACCACGGCCGCUGCCUUUCAUGGGAACACUGAUGUACUUUAGGAAGGGGAUUCAUGUCUUUGACCGCGAGUGCCAAGCGAAGUACGGCGACGUCUGGGGGUUGUACGAAUCGCGGUUACCGGUGUUGAUGGUGUCAGACCCGGACAUGAUAAAGAGCGUGAUGGUGAAGGAGUGCUUCUCUACCUUCACCAACCGCAGGGAAAACACUGUGGGUGGACCUUUUGAAGAGGCGAUUACAGUGGUCAAAGAUGAGAGGUGGAAACGGAUUCGCAGCUCUUUGUCUCCGUGCUUCACCAGUGGAAGAAUGAAACAGGUUUAUCCCAUCGUUGCUCGCUAUGCGGACCGGCUCGUCGAGAAACUUGGACAAAACAACGCGGACGACCCGGUCGACGUCAAACAGUUUGUGGCGCCGUACAGUUUGGACGUGGUGACCAGUGCGUCUUUCGGCGUCGAAGCGGAUUCCAUCAACAAUCCAGAUGACCCGACUGCUGUUAACGUCAAGAAGGUUAUUAACUUCAAACUCUGGCCUCUUCUUUUAUCAAUGAUAUUACCCUUUGGCGCUCAGCUGGUGAAGCUGCUGAAGAUCGAGAUUAUGCCCCAACUCAGUGUGGAUUAUUUCUUCAACAUCAUCAAGAGCUUUAAAGACCAGCGGUCUGCAGAAGAUUCUAGUCGAGCGGACUUCCUGCAGGUGAUGGUCCAGAGCGAGAUCCCGGACAUAAAGAACGGGCAGGAGCAGCCGAGCAAAGGCUUGACUGAACAGGAGAUCCUCUCCCAGGCCUUCAUUUUCAUCUUCGGCGGCUACGAGACCACCAGCACCACUAUCUCCUUCAUCCUCUACAAUCUGGCCACCAACCCCGACGCCAUGCACGUCUUGCAGGAAGAGCUCGACGCCAACCUGGACAGAGAUGCGCCGGUCUCAUACGAGGACCUGCUCCGCCUGCAGUACCUGGACCAGGUCAUCAGCGAGUCGAUGCGUUUCAUUCCCACGGUGCCACGGCUUGACAGGACCUGCAAAAAAACCACGCAGCUCCACGGCGUCACCGUCCCCGAGGGAACCCUUGUUGGGAUUCCCGUGGCCAUGUUACACAAGGAUCCGCGCUUUUGGAGCUCGCCUGAGCUCUUCAGACCAGAGAGGUUCAGUAAGGACAGUGGGGAGGAGGUGAACCCGUACGUCUACAUGCCGUUCGGCCUCGGGCCUCGCAACUGCGUCGGGAUGCGCUACGCCGUCCUCGUCGUGAAGAUGGUGAUCGUCCGCCUCCUGCAGCAUUACACUUUGGAAACGUGCCGAGACACCAUGAUUCCUAUGGAGUUUGACUGGAAGUUCCAGCCGACCAAGCCGAUAAAACUCAACUUUGUUCCAAGACGACACUCGUCCAGGAGUGAGGGAGAAAUCCCGUCCAAUUCCUAGUUCUGUUGUUGUAACAUCGAGCGGCAGCUGACGAGUGUGACCUUCAGAGUUCACUAGUUCAAACUGCUGAAACUCACCUUUGCACAUUUCAUUUUUCUUGCUAUGUCAAAUGUGCUUUAUUCACUUUUAUAUUAAUACAGUUGUCUUGAAUGUUAAAUCCAACUGAUGUUUAAAAAAAAGCACAGGAUUUUAUUUUCACAGCACAGUACAUGAAUUUGUGUUUCGGCAAAACAUUAUGUUAAUAUACAUAUAUGUCAUGGUCUUUUAAUUGUUCCGCUAAGUAGCUGCAUAAUUCUAAACAUCCGAUAUUCACGGAGCAGACAAGCAAGGACAAUAAAUUGAUCCAAACAUC